AUGUCCCCCAACAACGCAACAACGCCGACGUCCGAGCAGGAUCCAGCGGAAUUCGAUGUGGCUGCACGCAUCGCAGCAGCAGCAGCCAAGAUUGCUGCAAAGGAAGAAGAGAUCUACAACAGAAACAUCGUUCCCCUCAAGUCCUUCACUGACAAGGAUUCUGCUGCACAGGGCGAGAAGAUGGGACCGGUGGAUUUGAAGGAGAUCGAAGAGCUCGAGCUCGACACUCCAGUGAACUUGCCGCAAAUUCAGGAUGCACCAACAGUCCCGACCUCGCAAGGCAGGGGUGGAAGGUUCAGCUCUGACAGGAAGAAGAUUGAGAAGAAAUACUAUGAGCCCCCUCUCAAUGCAAAGAAGGCAAGGAGACACUUCAGAUACAAAGUCCGUGGAGGAGACUUGUUCGUCAAAGUGAUCCUGACUGGAAAGGACUCUGGUGCUGGCAGUUCAGCAGUCGAGAAGAAACGGCCAUACCCGUUUGAUUACUACGAAGGAGAGCAGAUUCCAGUUCCUGCACCUCUUGUAGCAGGAGACCUGUGGGAUGAUGAAUACAUACGGAAUAUGAGAUCUGUCAACAAGAACGUAUCAGAGCUCGUUUCAGGGGGAUAUGGAGUUCUGGAGUGGGUGGAGAUGAAACGGCUUGCGGCCCUUCACUUGAACUCCUUGGAGAAAUCAAGAAAUCAUGGAUAUCACAUGGACACCUUCCUUGGGCAGCGUAGACAGAGAAACAGCGAAAUGAAGGUUUCUGAGGCAUGGAGCAAUUUCACUUUGACUCAUUACAGUGACAAUAUCCGAGAUAAGAUUGGAUUCUUUGGAAACAAGGAAAAAGGCGACAAGACAGAAUUUGUUUUCGGACCUGCCAGUUGGCAUGGGCCAGCUGAGUUCGAUCUUUCGGUAGGGGAAACUUUUGGAAUGCCUCAAAGGUUCUUCGAAGGUUACCAUCACUAUAACCCAAGGCUGGAAGGGUACGAGAUGAGGAUGAAAGUGUACAAGCUUUAUCACCUCUUGAACCAUCUCAAUCAGCCCUCGGAUUACAAGUACAACUUCAACAUCGCGCGUGAGCCACUUCAAGGGGUAUCGCAUCAACUCUACUGCAAGUGUCGGUCGGGUCACCUUACUCUUGCAGGUUCUGAAUCCUGGGAAACAUCAAUACCGUUUUAUCUCAAAGAAGUUAUGGGCCUCAUCUAUGAGAUUCGCGACGUCCACCCCCCGCAGCAACAAGGGCAGAUCUUCAAAUUUUGGGGCAAAGCCAAGAAGCCCUCGAGGGGGUUUUGA